GCUGAUUUGUCAUUUCAAGCAGACAACUCUUUCAAGUUCACACUACUUCACAAACAAUCAAAACAAGCAACAACACUGUGACAACACCACGCUUGAUGUUUGAAAGAAUUAUAAUAUUACUGUUGAAAUAUGUUUUGUUAAGUGCAUCUGCAGUAUUAUUCAAUUAAGUUCUGUAAGCUGUCUUCAAUGAUCAAGUUGAAUAUUCUCAUUGGAUAAGAAGUGAUUUAAUGAGUAGUGUCAUUUUUUAAGGUUAUGGUUAGUCGUGCGGCAAUUUUGAAUUACUACUAUAUCGUCACAGAAGCUUAUCAUUAUUUUUUACGUUUUCGUUGUUGAAAACAACUCAGGCAUACGGUAAUUACGGAAAAAAGUUAUUCCAGUUGAUGUCAUUGUGAACUAUCGUCAAACGAUAAACCUUACGCUAUUUCAGACUGAGAAACAUUGUUCUCAGUUUGACUUGUGAGCUAUAAUGUUUUCAGGAAGUGUUUCUACUGAACUGAAUGAUAUUAUUUUUGAUAAAGAAUAUUCUCAUUUGAAUGGUGAAACGUAUCUGGAUCAUACUGGUGCUGCUUUAUAUACAAAUAGCCAAAUAACCAACAUUGACAAUGAUCUCAAGAGGAAUUUGUACGGCAAUCCCCAUUCUGGAGGCCUUGCAAGCAAGAAAACUGUUGAUACUAUUGAUCAAAUAAGAUACAGAGUUCUUCAGCAUUUUAAUACUAAUCCAGAGGAAUAUAGUGUUAUAUUCACAUCAGGAGCAACAGCUGCACUGAAAAUAGUGGCAGAAACUUACAGAUUUGGAGAUGCAGGGAAAAAUGGAAAAUUCGUUCAUCUUCAGGACAAUCACACUUCAGUUCUGGGAAUGCGUGAGAUCAUUGCUGCAAGAAAUAUUGAAAUUGAAUGCAUUUCGUUUCAUGAAACAUUCAAUAGUUUCAACAAGGAAAUUGCAGGAAAAGCAUCGACCCAACACAGUCAAGGAAACUCUUUGUUUGUUUUUCCGGCUCAAUGUAAUUUCUCUGGCUUGAAGUACCCGUUAUCAUGGAUCGAAAAAUGCCAAAAAGGGAUUUUGAAUGAACGGUCGAAUUGGGCUUGUCUUUUGGAUGCUGCAACAUUUGUCUCCACAUGUCAUUUGGAUUUGUCAAUUUUUAAGCCAGAUUUUGUAACAAUGUCAUUCUACAAAAUGUUUGGCUAUCCCACUGGAUUGGGUGCUCUUCUCGUUCGCAACUGCAGCUCACAUCUGUUGGAUAAAGUGUACUACGGUGGGGGAACCGUUCUAAUGGCACUCAGCUCUGAGAUGUUCCACGUGAAAAGGCCUCUAUUACAUGAAAGAUUUGAAGACGGAACUUUAAAUUUCCUCUCGAUUAUUUCGUUACAACAUGGAUUCACUAUGCUGAAAGAGCUGUAUACAGACAUGAAAACCAUUGCUGAACACUGUCUUGCUAUGGCUCGCUAUUUACACCAUAAACUCCUCCACCUCCAUCACUCAAAUGGGAAUCCGGCCGCUGUUUUGUAUCAUGAUACGGACUUUGAAAACCAGUCCACACAAGGAAAUAUAGUCAACUUCAAUAUUUUGAGGUGUACUGGUGAUUUCGUGGGUUAUGCUGAGGUACAAAACUUGGCAAACCUGCAUAAAAUACACUUGAGAACUGGAUGUUUCUGUAAUCCUGGUGCUUGCCAACGUCAUCUGAAUCACAGUACAAAUCUUUUGCGACAUCACUUCAAGCAAGGCCAUGUGUGUGGUGACGAUCAGGACCUCGUGGACGGCCAGCCGACGGGCUCAGUGCGGGUCUCGUUCGGCCCCUACUCGAGGAGGGCGCAUGCCGACCAACUCAUCAAAAUGAUUGAGGAUUGCUUUGUUGUCAAGCCUGCCAUUUACAGGAUACCAGAUUCGUGGAUCAAGCAAUCGGAGAAACUUAUGAAAAAAUUCAGGGAAGGCGUUGACGAAGUUUCAGUAUUAACGGAAAAAGUUGUUGCAGUGAAUGGAAGUCAAACCUCAACAAUCUCGGAUUCUUUAUUACCAGUGCUUGAAUGCAGACUCCAUGAAAUCAAUCUCUAUCCAAUCAAAUCGUGUGGAAGUCUGUCGGUUGCCAGUAGCUGGAUAUUGGAUUGCCGAGGGCUCCAGUAUGAUAGACAGUGGAUGGUGGUCUCAGCUUCAGGCGUAGCUCUCACUCAAAAAACUGAACCAAAUCUAUGUCUCAUCAAACCACAGUUGAAUCUAUCCAAUGAAGAACUUAUUCUUCGUGCAGAUGGACACAACCCUUGUUCGGUAAAAUUGCAAACUGAUGACGUACAAGAUGUGCAAGAUGUAUCAAUGUGCCAGAGCAAAGUGUGUGGAGACUGCAUCGCUGCCAUAGACUGUGGCAAUGAAGUGUCCAGUUGGUUAUCUUCAGUUCUAAAUCGGCCUGGAAUCAGAUUAAUUCAACAGAGUCCGAAAGACAACAGGACUGUGAAACAAGCACGGAAUGAGGAUAGCAGUGGAAAGUCUCUACUCUCUCUGUCCAAUCAAUCCCAGUACCUCCUAGUGAACAAAGCAAGCAUCGACUGGUUGUCGAAUCUCCUUCCUGAAGGUUCAGAUUGUAAAAAGGAAAGCAUGGUGGACCGGUUUCGUGCCAAUUUGGUUGUGGAUGGCCCUCAACUGGAGCCAUUCAUUGAACAGACCUGGAAAGCUGUGCGAAUAGGAAACGUCUUGUUCAAGGUUACGGGUCCUUGUAGAAGAUGUCAGAUGAUAUGUAUAGAUCAAAAGUCUGGAAAGAAAACCAACGAACCACUCACAACUCUGGCUGCUUCACUCAAAGGCAAGUUGCAAUUCGGAAUAUAUCUUUCAUGUCAGGACACGAGAGAGCAGUUGGUGAUAAAUAAGGACGAAAUUGUUGAGGUCUAUUGUUAGCUGCUGCAUUUAUUUGUGUCGAAUUUGUAUUGUGUAAAUCAAAACAUCACUUAUGCUAGUCGCAAAUCCUAAUGGAUGCAUAUUUUUUUGUAAUUUCUAUAAGUAACAUUCAAUCAUUUAACAUAACAAAACUUCUAUAAAAGUACCACAGACUAUGGUAAUCUAUAGAUUGUAUUGCAAUUUAUUAUAACUUGGAAAAUAUUCCAAUGAUGUAGCACUGUAUCUCUAUCAUAGUUUAGACUCUUGAAAGUACCUCAAUAAGUAGGUACCUCAAUUUAGAUUUUAUUUUUUAUUUUGUGAAGCAAUUCUGUUUUGUUUGUUUUUAUAAGUACGUACGUUUUGUACGAGACAUAUUUCCCACAUUCUCACUUCAUUGAAGAAUUAGAAUAUGUAUUUCUAUAGCUGCGUACACAUAUGCGCUCUUCCAACCCGCACCGAGCACGCUCCUCCCUCGUACCGCCCUCGUUCCUCCAUCGAACCACAGUCGCGCCGCCCACGCACCCAUCAUGAACGUUACAGAAGAUGUUAGAUCUUCUCGCGUUCCCCGGUCGAAUCACUGUUGCUCGCCGGUCGAUCAUCAAUCGCUCUGCUGGAGUGACGUUCGGUUGCGGAGCAGAGCGAAAGUCUGUACGCACCUUAAUAUUUCAAUAUGAAAUAUUCUAAUUUCAAUUAUUUUUUUACUAUAACAAAACUGGCUAAGAUGUUGGUAAUAAAAAAUUAUAAAUAAUCAAUCAGAAAUUAUGAUGAAGCAUCAGUGGCAAUAGAAAAAUAAAUUAGUCAUCUCAUAGUUGUAAAUUUUAUAAUACUUGAAAAAAUUGCAUUCUUAUUAUACAUUUUUUUGUAUUCUUUUGAAUGUCAUUUUCAAUUCUCAGCAUUCAAUACUUUUAAAAUGAGCAAGAAGUAGUGAAACUACAAACUAUACUUUGCAUGAAAAUCUAAAUUGAUCGGGAAAAAGUUGGCUUUAAUUAAUUCAUAAAUAGAUUCAUAUAUAGUAGCCUACUCAGUGCAUGCUUAGGAACUGUAUAUGCAAUUCACUAAUUGAUUUUCUAUUGUACUGCAAGAAACAGGUCCACUAUUGAUAUAUGAGUCAUUUUCAAAUAAAUAAUUUUCAAUUUACAAUUUCCUUUUUAUAUCAGUGACAGUGACCUAUUGUAUUAUUUGUACCAUUAUAUUAUAGAUUCAUAUUAUCCAUUAUAUAUUGUACCAUUUGUAUCAUUGAAUCGAUAAAAUAAUAAUAAUAUUCAUGACUCAAUUAUUAUAGUUCUCUAUUUAAAAUCAAUAAAUGUAUGCUAUAUGCUCUAUUGAGUAGUGGAAACAUCUUGCUGUUAACCAUUUUUUUCUGCUUCAACUGAUGGUUUUUUGAAGUCAUAUAAGUUCCCCAAAAAUUAUAAAAAUGCUUGAAGGCUUAGUAUUAAUUUUAUUUUAAUGUUACUUCUACUAUCAAAUUUAUUUUAAAACUUCAUUAAGGAACAUUCCACAAAAUCUAACUCACUAAGUCAAUACUAGUCUAUCGUAUUCAAACUUUAAAAUUUCUGUGACCAAAUUCUCACAAAAUUUUGUACAAGUCCGAACUAUUCGAGUUUGUAUAUAGUUGACAAUGCGAACCAGCCAUGUAUAAACGGGAGUGAUGUUGACCUAUUCAUACCCAUGUUAUCAAAACUAAAAAACGAAUGGUUACUUUGGAACUCAGUCGAAUCCGCAUUUGGAAUAGAUCUCUUA